GGUGAGGUAAAGGGUAGAGUGAGUGUGUAUAUAUAUAUUCGGCAUCCGGCUGGUGUUUGCGUUCCUCCACCAUCCAUACCAAUCCAAUCUCUCAGGCGGAGAUUUCAAACCCAUCUUUGCUUCUUAAAGCUCUUUGUCUUUCUCAUCACCGUUCACUCCCAGGUUGAGAUGGCAGCGGCACCUGCAGCUACUUUCACUAUUGGAUCCACCGGUACCCUUGGUCAAAGAGGAAGCUCUUCUCCUCAAUUAAGGACUUUUGGGUUAAAAUUCAACACCCAAAAUCCUUUGAAGAGUUUCUGUGGCCUCAAGGCUAUGUCAUCUGUGAGAUGUGAGUCAGAAUUAUCUUUCUUAGCUAACAAAAGUGGUUCUGCUCUGCGGGCAUCUUUUUCAUCCAAGGCUCAGAAGGAAAACAACCAGAACUUCAACCACAAGUUGCAGCCUCAGGCUUCGUUCAAAGUUGCAGUUCUUGGGGCUGCUGGAGGGAUUGGACAGCCGCUCGCGCUUCUUAUCAAAAUGUCCCCUUUAAUUUCCGACCUGCAUCUCUAUGAUAUUGCGAAUGUCAAGGGAGUGGCUGCUGAUAUUAGUCACUGCAACACACCCUCACAAGUGAGGGAUUUCACUGGAGCUUCUGAGUUGGCAAAUUGUUUGAAUGGUGUGGAUGUUGUUGUCAUUCCUGCCGGUGUUCCGAGGAAGCCCGGCAUGACUCGUGAUGACCUUUUCAACAUCAAUGCUGGAAUAGUCAGGGACUUAGUUUCGGCUGUUGCGGAUAAUUGCCCAGGUGCUUUUAUUCAAAUUAUCAGUAACCCUGUGAACUCUACUGUGCCUAUUGCUGCAGAAGUUUUGAAACAGAAGGGUGUCUAUGAUCCUAAAAAGCUCUUUGGUGUUACCACACUGGAUGUUGUGAGGGCAAACACAUUUGUUGCUCAGAGGAAGAACCUGAAGCUGAUUGAUGUUGAUGUCCCUGUUGUUGGGGGCCAUGCCGGGAUUACCAUUCUUCCUCUCUUGUCAAAGACAAGACCCUCAGCGAGUUUCACUGAUGAAGAGGUUGAGGAGUUGACGGUCAGGAUUCAAAACGCUGGUACUGAAGUUGUGGAAGCAAAGGCAGGUGCUGGGUCUGCUACCUUGUCAAUGGCAUAUGCAGCUGCUAGAUUUGUUGAGUCGUCUUUGCGUGCACUUGAUGGAGACGGAGAUGUGUAUGAGUGCUCAUUUGUGCAAUCAGAUUUGACUGACCUUCCAUUCUUUGCUUCAAGGGUGAAGCUUGGUAGGAAAGGUAUCGAGGCUUUAAUUCCAUCUGACCUCCAAGGGUUGACUGACUACGAGCAGAAGGCUUUGGAAGCACUUAAGCCAGAACUCAAGGCCAGCAUAGAGAAGGGGAUUGCUUUCGCUCAGAAGCAAACUGUUGCUGCUUAACUUCAUUUUGUCAACGGUGAUUUCUUGGGUUAUGAAUUUAUUUGAGCAUAAAUAUAACGAGAAAUUAGGUUGCGAGUUUGUUGUAGCAUCUUUUCUGCUUCCGGAACCUAGGAUUCAAAUUUUCCGUAGUAUCAAUUGUACUUCCAGUUUUGUUAGUAGAACGUGAGGGAGCUUCCAUCUCUGUUCUCUAUACCAAGCUUAGGUUUUGAUAAAAAUCUCCCAAGAUGUCACCAUUAUAAUUUAGAAUCGGAGAAAUAUAAAUGUUUGAAUAAUACGGCAAUGGACCAGCUUUUUGUUUC